GGGAAACAUGCAAUCCCCAUCUUCCUUGUAGAAGCAGAACCCCAGAUGUUUCAACGCAAAACGGCCGCUGGAACGUUGACGGUCUGGUGUUUACAUUUGUUUUUUCUUCUUUUCGUUCAAGCGCCAUAUUCUCAAUCCUCACCACGCAUUUUGCGCAUCAGGGAUACUAUGCAUCACGCUGCCACGUUCUGUGGUACUCUAACGUAA